AUGCACGUCGACGAUGUAUCUGGGAGCGACCCGGCUCUCAAAAAUACAUUGACACAUUUGAACACCCUGCUUCAACCUUUGACCUCGAAGGAGGACUAUUCUUUCCAUUCUUCGCUGACACCUUUGAUGCCAAACAUAAGAUUACUGCCUGCCGCGUUGGUCAUUGGGAUGUUACAACGGUUCAAGACACGUUAUCCCAUAUUCCUAUCCUCCUAUGCUGUGAAUGACUUGAAGUUGGUAGAGGGUCUCUGCCAGAGCAUCUACUUCCCAAUCAAGUCAAUCAGCAUUGGGCAAAUUGCAAGUAUGCAUGGGAUCUUUUACUGUCUUCUCAAAGAGUAUGAGGCCAUGAAAGACCCACUCUGUCAGCAGUUUGACUUCCCAGCCCAGAUUGCCCAAUGUGAGAAGAAUUUCAUCAUGGCACUUGAGACAUACGAAAUCAUGUCGGUGCCUUCGUUUGAUAACAUAUUAGGAUUGACAAUGGGGGCUAUUAAAGCACAAGGAGAAGCUAAGCCAUUCUUAUACUCAAGUCUCAUCUCAACGGCUGCUACACACUGCCAGACACUUGGAUACCAUCGUGACAUGACGCACCAAAAUCUGCCAGCGGAGAAGGCAGAAAACAUGAGACGGCUGUUCUGGGCAGUCUACGUCUUUGACAAAAACACGUCUCUCUUGCUAGGCAAAGCAUCGCAAAUCCAAGAUUGUGAAAUCGACACAAGAUAUCCUUUGGUACCCCUUGACCCGUCCCUUCGGCCUUGGGAUGAGUCUUUUAUUCUAGGAAUCAAGCUGGCAAAUCUCCAGGGCAGAAUCUAUGGUGAUCUCUAUUCAGCCGGCGCGUCAUCGAAAUCUUCAUAUGACCGAGCCGACGCUAUCAAUCAACUGGUAGCUUCUAUGGAGCAGUGGCGGGUCGAUCUUGAAAGUAUUGACAGCACCGGCGUGAAUAACCAACAAGUCUUUACUCUGUCCCGGGGAAAUUGGGAUAUCAUGUACUACUCAACACUCACAUCCAUUUUCCGCGCAGCAUCGCCACAAGGAACAGGCUCGGAGAUUAACGCAGACUGCUUCCGAGCAGCCCGUCUCGGGUUGAAAUCCCAUCUCAGCUGUUUCCCCCAUGUCCUUCUAUUCUCAUCCUUUACACCUUUCAUCGUAACAUUCCUCCACGCCGUGGCAUCAAAAAGCCCAGACGAUAUCCAAAUCCUCGAAGAUGUAGUCGACACAUUAAAAGGCGUUAAAGAAGCAUCACGCGCCUCAAGACGUCUUUAUAAACUAUGCAGCACAUUCGCAUACCUUGCAAAGGUACUAUCUCAAAUGAGCGGCUCAUUUGUCGGAAUCUACAACCCCCGUCAAGACUCCCUGCAAUUAGCAAAUGGGUCAAGCCAGCCUGUGUUUCAACCUGAUCUUUUCCAGAAUGCUUUGGAUGUUGAUUUCACGGAUUAUCUCAGUCCGAUGGGUGUAUCUGCCGUUCUGGAUGGGUGGGCUAAGAGACAGCCUUUGUCGAUGAAUGUUUUUGAUUUCAACUCCAUUUCCGAGUAA